AUGAUAUUUGUGUGUCUGUCUGUCUAUCUAUCUAUCUAUCUAUCUAUCUGUCUAUCUGUCACAGAAUUCUAUUCGUAUUUCUCAAUGUAUCUAUCUAUCUAUCUAUCUAUCUAUCUAUCUGUCAGUCUCUUCAUAUUUAUCAAUGUAUCUAUUUAUCUACCUCAGUUUGAAUCUAUCUAUCUAUCUAUCUAUCUAUCUAUCUAUCUAUCUAUCUAUCUGUCAGUCUCUUCAUAUUUAUCAAUGUAUCUAUUUAUCUACCUCAGUUUGAAUCUAUCUAUCUAUCUAUCUAUCUAUCUAUCUAUCUAUCUAUCUGUCAGUCUCUUCAUAUUUAUCAAUGUAUCUAUUUAUCUACCUCAGUUUGAAUCUAUCUAUCAUAUCUAUCUAUCUAUCUAUCUAUCUAUCUAUCUAUCUAUCUAUCUGUCAGUCUCUUCAUAUUUAUCAAUGUAUCUAUUUAUCUACCUCAGUUUGAAUCUAUCUAUCUAUCUAUCUAUCUAUCUAUCUAUCUGUCAUUUGAAUCUAUAUCUAUCUAUCUAUCUAUCUAUCUAUCUAUCUAUCUAUCUAUCUGUCAGUCUCUUCAUAUUUAUCAAUGUAUCUAUUUAUCUACCUCAGUUUGAAUCUAUCUAUCUAUCUAUCUAUCUAUCUAUCUAUCUAUCUUUUGAAUCUAUCUAUCUAUCUAUCUAUCUAUCUAUCUAUCUAUCUAUCUGUCAGUCUCUUCAUAUUUAUCAAUGUAUCUAUUUAUCUACCUCAUUUGAAUAUAUCUAUCCAUUCAUCUAUCUAUCUAUUCAUCUAUCUGUCAGUCUCUUCAUAUUUAUCAAUGUAUCUAUUUAUCUACCUCAGUUUGAAUCUAUCUAUCUAUCUAUCCAUCUAUCUAUCUAUCUAUCUAUCUAUCUGUCAGUCUCUUCAUAUUUAUCAAUGUAUCUAUUUAUCUACCUCAGUUUGAAUCUAUCUAUCUAUCUAUCUAUCUAUCUAUCUAUCUAUCUAUCUAUCUAUCUAUCUGUCAGUCUCUUCAUAUUUAUCAAUGUAUCUAUUUAUCUACCUCAGUUUGAAUCUAUCUAUCUAUCUAUCUAUCUAUCUAUCUGUCAUUUGAAUCUAUCUAUCUAUCUAUCUAUCUAUCUAUCUAUCUAUCUAUCUGUCAGUCUCUUCAUAUUUAUCAAUGUAUCUAUUUAUCUACCUCAGUUUGAAUCUAUCUAUCUAUCUAUCUAUCUAUCUAUCUAUCUAUCUAUCUAUCUAUCUGUCAGUCUCUUCAUAUUUAUCAAUGUAUCUAUUUAUCUACCUCAGUUUGAAUCUAUCUAUCUAUCUAUCUAUCUAUCUAUCUAUCUAUCUAUCUGUCAUUUGAAUCUAUCUAUCUAUCUAUCUAUCUAUCUAUCUAUCUAUCUGUCAGUCUCUUCAUAUUUAUCAAUGUAUCUAUUUAUCUACCUCAGUUUGAAUCUAUCCAUCUAUCUAUCUAUCUAUCUGUCAGUCUCUUCAUAUUUAUCAAUGUAUCUAUUUAUCUACCUCAGUUUGAAUCUAUAUCUAUCUAUCUAUCUAUCUAUCUAUCUAUCUAUCUAUCUGUCAGUCUCUUCAUAUUUAUCAAUGUAUCUAUUUAUCUACCUCAGUUUGAAUCUAUCUAUUCAUCUAUCUAUCUAUCUAUCUAUCUAUCUAUCUAUCUAUCUUUUGAAUCUAUCUAUCUAUCUAUCUAUCUAUCUAUCUAUCUAUCUGUCAGUCUCUUCAUAUUUAUCAAUGUAUCUAUUUAUCUACCUCAGUUUGAAUCUAUCUAUCUAUCAUAUCUAUCUAUCUAUCUAUCUAUCUAUCUAUCUAUCUGUCAGUCUCUUCAUAUUUAUCAAUGUAUCUAUUUAUCUACCUCAGUUUGAAUAUAUCUAUCUAUCUAUCUAUCUAUCUAUCUAUCUGUCAGUCUCUUCAUAUUUAUCAAUGUAUCUAUUUAUCUACCUCAGUUUGAAUCUAUCUAUCUAUCUAUCUAUCUAUCUAUCUAUCUAUCUAUCUAUCUAUUUAUCUAUCUGUCACUAUCUAUCUCGCCUUGAAUCUAUCUAUCUAUCAGUCUGUUUAUGUUUAUCAAUGUAUCUAUCUAUCUGUCUAUCUAUCUAUCUAUCUCAGUCAGAAUCUAUCUAUCUAUCUAUCUAUCUAUCUAUCUAUCUAUCUAUCAGUCUGUUCAUGUUUAUCAAUGUAUCUAUCGAUCUCAGUCAGAAUCUAUCUAUCUAUCUAUGUAUCUAUCAGUUUGUUUAUGUUUAUCAAUGUAUCUAUCUAUCUAUCUAUCUAUCGAUCUCAGUCAGAAUCUAUCUAUCUAUCUAUCUAUCUAUCUAUCGAUCUAUCUAUCUAUCAGUCUGUUCUUAUUUAUUAAUGCAUCUAUCUCAGUUUGAUUCUAUCUAUCUAUCUGUUCGUAUUUAUCAAUGUAUCUAUCUAUCCAAAAAGAAGGCAUAUGAUUCUAUCUAUCUAUCUAUCUAUCUAUCUAUCUAUCUAUCUAUCUCAGUUAUUUUUGUAUCUAUCUAUCUAUCUAUCUAUCUAUCUUAUCUUUCUAUCUAUUAUCUUUCUAUCUAUCUAUCUAUCUAUCUAUCUAUCUAUCUAUAUAUAUAUAUAUAUAUAUAUAUAUAUAUAUAUAUAUAUCAGUCUUUUCAUUAUCUAUCUAUCUAUCUCGGUUUUUCAUUAUCUAUCUAUCUAUCUAUCUAUCUAUCUAUAUAUAUAUAUAUAUAUAUAUAUAUAUAUAUCAUUUCAUUAUCUAUCUAUCUCGGUUUUUCACUAUCUAUCUAUCUAUCUAUCUAUCUAUAUAUAUAUAUAUAUAUAUAUAUAUAUAUAUCAGUCUUUUCAUUAUCUAUCUAUCUCGGUUUUUUCAUUAUCUAUCUAUCUAUCUAUCUAUCUAUCUAUCUAUCUAUCUAUCUAUUAUGGUCCCAUAACACUAUCUAUCUCGGUUUUUUCAUUAUCUAUCUAUAUAUAUAUCUAUCUAUCUAUCUCAGUGUUUUCAUCAUUUAUCUAUCUAUCUCGAUUUUUUUCAUUAUCUAUCUAUCCAUCUAUCUCGUUUUUUUUUCAUUAUCUAUCUAG